UCAACUUCAAGACGACUUUAGCUCUCACCCUGGCUGACACUGUGACAGAUUCGGAUGACUUCGGUGGCAAGAGUUCUGCAAUCGCGUUGUUGUCUGCGCAUACUCAGUACCGAUCUGUAACAUUGUUGCCAGUGUUGGAGUGGCCUACUUUUGUACAUGACUGCUUUGUAACAACACUGACACGAGUGUUAGGUAGGUUGCCAAAGCAGUGGGCAAAACGGUGCUCUUUUCUUGAGGUCAUAUCAGUAACUGUUAUCAAUGGUUGGUACACACACUAGCACUUCUCUCUGGUGAAUUGUGAACGUUAGCAGUAGUGGAGCUAACCGACGGGUAUCCGAUUGCUCUCUUUCUCUCUGCCUCUGUUGCCAUCAACGACUGCGGUAACAGUUCAACAAGUCCACUAAAGACCCAGUUAGAUCCGGGGAAUCGUUGCGAGCUUCACCGGCACAGUGCUACAAGCUUGGAAAAUUUCUGCUGAAUUGGCGAAAGCAGUUGUGAUCUUAGUACCAUUGGUACUGGCGCUUGCUGCGCUGCUGGAGGUGACCUUCCUCUCCACCUAUACACACUAUCCCACGAGGAACGUGGCGCCACACAACCCAGUCUACGGCGAAGCGCGGACUACCGACCAUUCACCAUGCCAAAGUACGACAUCAAACUGAUCAAGAAGUAUGACCUUGGCAAAGUUCUGGGAACUGGUGCAUUCUCAGAGGUGUUGUUCGCUAAGAACAGAGAAACGAAGGAGGAGUUUGCGAUAAAAUGCAUCGAUAAGAAGCUACUGGACGGCAAGUUAGACAGUCUGGACAGUGAGAUCACCAUUCUCAAACAGAUAAAGCAUCCGAACAUCAUCCAACUGUUUGAAAUCAUUGAUUCAAAAACACAUCUCUACCUUAUCAUGGAACUGGUUAGUGGUGGAGAGCUGUUCGAUCAAGUCGUUCAACUUGGCAGCUACACGGAAAGGCGAGCCAGUGAAAUCACGCUUCAAAUUCUAGACGCAAUUGAGUACAUCCAUUCUAGGGGAAUCGUUCACCGUGAUUUGAAGCCUGAAAAUAUUCUCUUCCAAACAUCAGAUGAUGACUCUAAAAUCAUGGUCAGCGAUUUCGGAUUGUCAAAAGCUGCAGAAGAGGUGAAAAUGGCAACAGCCUGCGGAACACCCGGCUAUGUUGCUCCAGAGAUUCUGAAACAGCAGCCUUAUGACAAGUCCGUGGAUUGCUGGUCAAUAGGUGUCAUCACCUACAUUCUGCUAUGCGGGUAUCCUCCGUUCUACAGCGAGAGUGAUGCGCAACUCUUUGAAAUCAUCAAGAAAGGACAUUUCGAGUUUGAGGAUCCGUACUGGAAGGACAUCAGCGGAGCAGCCAAGGACUUUGUGAAGCGGCUACUGACUGUGGAACCUGGCAAGCGCAUGACGUGCGGAGAGGCACUGAAACAUCCAUGGAUAUCUGGAGGAGAAGCCAGUGGAGUUGAUAUCAGCAAAACUGUCAAGGCCAAGCUUCUUGAACAGAGAUGGAAGCGCUUGAAGAACUAUGCGCGUGUGGUUGGUCGCCUAAGAACACUUAGUGUUGGCGCAGGUACUGACCGCAGCCGCAGUCCAAGUCCCAACCCCCUUACUGCUGCAGCUGUAGCACGGGAGAAAGCAAGGGCCAAGCGUCUUGAAGCCGAGAGGAAGGCUUCCUCAACUCCAGUUUGAAAGAAAUGCCUCUCUUUGUGUAGCAGGCGGUGGAAUUUCCUCGUCGCCAUGCUCCCCAACUGAAUGUAAAAUACAAGUGCGCGCGUGUAUAUGCGUGGGCAUGUGAUGAAAGCAGCUGGGUUAAUUCUACUGCUUUGCUGAUUCGCUACAUGUCACAAUAAAGGUCAACAUUCAACACAGGUCACAUUCAAGUUCACAUCAGUAUUGCAGACUCUCCGCUCCGCGUGUGAGAAAGGCCUUCAGUUCGCCAAUGCUUCUACAACGUUUAAACAACAUCUGCUAUGUCUGUAGCUGGCUACAUUGCAAUAUUGUGAACCUAUCAGAAUUGUCUAAUACUGUGCAUCAUGAUUAUUUUUCCACUAUUUCUAUACUUCAAUUCUCUAAGUUUAUUAACUUCAACUUUGAUAUAGAAAUGUACAUGACUGUACUUCAAGAUUUAGCGACUGCACUUGGACAAUAUCAGACUACAGUCAGACCUCGCUUAUCCGGUCCUCUUUUAUCCGGAUCCCUCGCCAUCCGGAAGAAAAUCGUCGGUUACCGAUUUUCAGCAUACGCCAUGCAUACAUACAGUAUGUGUGUUCGAUUAUCCGGUUCCCUCGCCUAUCCGGAUAUUUUUGUGGAGAACGGAUGCGUGCGUCUGACUGUACUAUCUAAGAAUGGAUGCCCUAAAUUCUACUUUGUUAUAAGACUGGAACUUUCCAAAUGCUCUGCAGCAUAUUGCUACAGAAACACUAAAUACGUCACUCUCGCCAUGAUUUGUUUUUAAAAUGAAAUGACAAAAGAUAUAAUUGA